UGUGCGUGUAUAUAAGUUACAAAAAAUUUCAUUUUCUGGUUAAUUUCCAAAUUUCCAAGUUGGGUUUUGCAACUCAUGUCUGUUGAAAAGUUUCUCUCCUUCAUGGACCUCCCAAAGCUCUGCAAAUUCCAGAGCUUUUGUUCUCAGAAAGCUAGAGUUUUGCUUCUCCUAGCUGUUUUCACCAAACCCUUCUCUGGGUUGCCUUCUCAUUGCUUUGCUCUCACUGCUUGUGGGAACUUUUUAAACCAAUAAAAUCACCCCCUUUAAUUUUGCUUCAAGUAGUCACUUCCUACUCUGGAGGAGUUUUUUGGGUGCGGAGAUUUUUGAGAUUUGGUGAUGAUGCCAGCCAUUCUUCAGCUGGUUAAUCUCUGUGUCAUUGGGUUUGCUUUUGCUUUUGCUUUUGCUCUCCGAGGAUCUGCAGGGUUAAAUAUAUCACCAUCACCUGAACCUCUCUCCGUGAAUCCUCCUGUUGAAACAGCACCCCCUCCUCUCACUGACAGAAAGUCGUUCACAAGCAAUGUACCAAUCCCCGCAUUACAGCCAAAUGGGUCCAAUUGGCACCCACCGCCUGCAAUGCCACCUCUUAUGUCCGCCCCACUGCCCCCAAAUAAUGCUUCUCCACCACCGAGUGUUGAAGGUCAAGUCCCAUUUAUGCCACCAAAAACUGCUCCUCCACCACUAAGUACUGAAGUUCAUCUACCGUCUGCGCCGCCAAAUAAUGCCCCUCCACCAAGUGUUGAAAGUCAAGUACCGUCUGUGCCACCAAAAGGUGCUCCUCCUCCACCACCAAGUGUUGAAGGUCAUGCACCAUCUGUGCCACCAACAAAUUCUCCUCCACCACCAAGUGUUGAAGGUCAUGUACCACCUACGCCACCAGUUAAUGUUCCUCCACCACUAGGCAUUGAAGUUCAUGUACCUAUUGCACCACCAAAUAAUGCUCCUCCACCAGCAAGUGUUGAAGGCCAUGUACCGCCUAUGCCACCAAAAACUGCUCCUCCACCACCAAGUGUUGGAGGUCAUGUACCAUCUAUGCCACCUCCUAAUUCUCCUCCAUCUGUGCCACCAACAAAUUCUCCUCCACCACCAAGUGUUGAAGGUCAUGUACCGCCUACACCACCAGUUAAUGUUCCUCCACCACUAAGCAUUGAAGUUCAUGUACCUACUGCUACCACCAAAAAAUGCUCCUCCACCACCAAGUGUUGA